AUGGUUUUAAAGGCAGAAUAUACCAAGAGCCCAAGUACGGCCAUUCUCUCCGACGUUUCCUCGUGCGGGUCCCUUUCAUCCAGUGAGGACGGCCCCCCCAGGGGCCAUUCCAGUCUGUCAGAUGGGGAGCUGGCCCGGAACUUACAGGAUAGUGUCAAGCACCGCGUCCUUUACCUCUCAGAGCAGCGGAGACUGGAGAAGGCCAGUCGGGAAGAGAACACCGUGGGCUACCUCAAGCUGGUGUCCAAAGCCGACCGGCACCACGCCCCCCACAUCUGGCAGGACUUCGAGAAGGUGAACCAGUGCGCCUCUGCCACCAUUGCCCAGAUCCAGCGAAGGCUCUGCCGUUGCCACUGGCAGCUGCAGGGGCUGGAGGGGGGCUGGAGGCCCCAGGGCUUAGCGCCCAAGGCCGCAAGCAGCCCGUGCCACUGCAUGCGGCCCAGCGAGAAGGCCCCAUCUUCAGAGUCUCCCAGGCCAGGUGGGGAAGACUGCCUGUCCACCGACCUGUCUGAUAUCGUCAGACACUUGCCCCUGGCGAGCCACUUCCCAGCUUUGUGGCCGGGGAAGUCCUGGGGAACAAAGCGUGUGGCCCAGCAGCGAAACCUGCUGUUGCGACAGAUGGAGGACCUAAGAGAAGUCAGGGAGCUCCACCUCAGCCUCCAGGUGUCCUAUCCGAGCCUAAAGGAGAGCCGUCUGAUGGGCCUGCAGGUGUCGCUGUCGUCCCUCCAGGAACAGAAAUGCAGACAAGCGUCGGUGGAAGAACAGGUGAAUGAGCACGUCCAGGGGUACCCGGAUGACAUUUACCACCUCGAACAGAAUCUGGCCCGCGCUGAAGAGAAAAUGGCCUAUCUGUCCUACGAGGGAGCCAAGGAAAUAUGGCUCUCGCGCCGCUGGGUUCUCGGUCCCAGGCCACACUGGAUGACGGAGCGUGGCCGAGUCAGCUGGGCCCUUCGCUGUCACCGGGCACGCACACACCCUCCCGGGACGGCGCUCGCACUGGCCACCGUCCUCCCGGCCUUCAUCUGCACCGUGUGCACCUGCCCCCCCACUGCCCUGAGCUCCGGCCCGCACACCUGCGCCGCCCUCGUGCUGAUCGGGCUUGGGGCCCUGGCCUGGCAGAAGCGGCGCGCCGUGUCUGCCACAGACCGGCAGGCCUGGGUCCCCUCCAGAUGGAGGCGGCGUUCCGAGGAGCCCGAGCCUCUAGCAGGUGGGCCUUAG